AGCCGUGUUUCGUCCGUGAUUCUAAAUUGCGAUUGAUUUCUGAUCGGUCGAUUCCGUUCCGCCACUAGCUUACGUGUUAAGUACUGCCAUUCUGUUCGCCACCCUUCGCUGGGCUUGCAUUGAGAGAGCAGAAAAAGCACGGGCCGUGUUUGGGUUGGCUCAGCGUUUUUUUGUGUGGCGAAGCUCUUGUUUGUCCACCGUGUAACGUGUUCGUUCGUGAAAGCUGUAAAAUUCGUCUCAUCAAACCGCAACAUCGACCAUGGCCGGAGGAGAUGCACCAUCGAAGGCGGACAUUGAUGCCAUCUUCCAUCGGUUGCGAUCGUUAGCGACGAACAAGAGCUGCUUCGACUGUGGGGCUAAAAAUCCGACCUGGUCCUCGGUGACGUACGGUGUGUUCAUAUGUAUCGACUGUUCCGCCGUCCAUCGGAACCUCGGUGUGCAUCUUACGUUCGUACGGUCCACGAACCUGGACACCAAUUGGACCUGGGUACAGAUACGGCAGAUGCAAGUCGGUGGCAACGCAAAUGCGGCACAGUUCUUCCGGCAGCACAACUGCAACACAACCGAUGCGCAACAGAAGUACAACUCACGCGCUGCCCAGCUGUACAAAGACAAGCUGCUCAACAAAGCGCAACAGUCCCUGCAACUACACGGAACAACGCUACACAUCGAUAACGUGCACGAUCAGCAACUGCUCAGCGAGAAAAAGGAGAUCGACUUUUUUGCCGACUGCGAUGACUUUGAUAGUGCGCCGGACAGUGAAGCGUCGCUGAACGUUGCCGAGGCACGUAAGGAUGCCCGGAACAAUAAUAGUAACGAUGGUCAGAAACAGGAACCGGACUGGGACGAAAACAUUCCAAAAUUGGCGUCCCUGAGUGCCAUGCUCGAUCCCACCGCCGGGCCACGGGUAGACUUCCUGAGCUCAUCCGAUGUCCCACCGGAAGCGCCAAAAUCUACGAUCGGCGUGCGCAAGAUUCAACCCAAGAAGGCCGGUCUCGGUGCCCGAAAGGGUGGGCUUGGUGCGACUCGCGUCAAGACGAACUUUGCCGAGAUCGAGGAGCGAGCCACCAUGGCCGAGAAGCUACGGAUGGCCCCACCGACGGUGGAGAAGGUGCUGAGCGAAGAGGAGAAAGUGGAAACGCUCGCAAGCGUCCGUCUCGCUUACCAGGACCUUUCGAUCAAGCAGCACCGGGAGGAAGAGAAACUGAAAGCCACCGACCCGAACAAAGCGAAACAGAUCGAACGGCUCGGGAUGGGCUUUGGGCGGGCGGCAGGCGUUUCGCACUCGGCCAUGACCGACAUGAAGACACUGACGCAGGAGGAAACCACCCGCAGCGGAGCUCCGGUAGGCAAGGCAUUCGAUAGUGAUUCCUCAGGCGUCGGAGGAAGUGGCGGCGGCGGUGGAAACGAUUUCUUCGACGACUACUCCAUCAUCUACGGCACUUCUGGCAGUGGCAAGGGGGCAGAUCUAAGUGAAGCCAACCAAAUGGGCUUCGAUACGCUCGAGCCGAUCGAUAGCAAGCGUGCACCGGCUAAUCGGAUGUACGCAGCACCGCCAAGCUCCAGCUCUGGGUCAAAAAGUGGCUACAGUAUUAGUGAUCAACCAACGUCGUACACGCGCGGAAGUGGCCACAGUAGUAGUAGCAAUCGCAGGACGGUCACCAACCACCACGACUCGGCGGCGGAUUCUAGCGAAACGGCCCAGAAAAAGUUCGGCUCCGCCAAGGGCAUCUCGUCCGAUCAGUUUUUCGGCGACGAACAGUCGUCCAUCGAUCGAUCAGCGAACCUGUCCAAGUUCCGGGGCUCGACAAGCAUUUCUUCCGCGGACUACUUCGGCCACGGUGAAGGAUCUGGCGCAACCCGUUCAGGUGGUGGCCGUGGACCUGCUCUGCAGUACAACGGGCCCGAUCUGGACGAUGUGAAGGAAAGCGUCCGGCAGGGAGUGACGAAAGUGGCGGGACGCUUGAGCACACUUGCGAGCGACGUGAUGAGCUCGAUCCAGGACAAAUACGGCUACUAAAAUAGUGCACACCCGAGGGACCUAGGCAAAACGUGUUACGGAUCGUAGAGGAUGUUAAUGAUAAACAAACAAAAGUACACUUUCGUUGAUAGAAUAUAGUUUUUACGUAUCGCUUAAACCAACAGCCAGCAUUCUUACUUCACGCUCUGACGGUGCAAAACCCACUAGACGCUACUAUGGAACAACGAUUCAAGUGCUUUCCUUCGACUGCACGGAACGCGGAUGACGGGCGGAAAUAAAUUGUUAAUUUUACCCUUUUUACUACUUCAACCAUCCACCACCUUAAUGGAAAAAUUAAACAAACUGCGCAAUCAAUCGACAAACGGUGGCGAUAGUGUUAAUACAAUAAGCAGGUAAUCCUGUGUGUAGGCAAAUAUAGAAAUGUUGCUAGAGGGUUUGAGCCGCCGAUUAGCUUACAAUCACUCUGUUAGGUGCAGACGCAGAACAUUCUGUUGUUCUUCUAGGGCGUGAGUGAAGCAAACUAUUGACCAUUUUGCUUUAAACCUAUCUCACUCAGCUGCCGAGCCGACUCUUUCUCCACUAACCGAUCGCAUCCAAACGGUGAUCCGUGUUCGAGUUCGAGAGGCCAGGGUUUCACCAGGAAUAGAACGCCUUUUUGUUGAUCGUCUCUUAAAUAAACAUACCCCGUACACACCAAGGUAGCCCACAUAGAAACACGGAAAGUAUGUAUGUAAAGAAAGCAAAACACACAAUAUUUAGAACGCGCUGCGGGAGC